CUGCCUCGGCUCAAGCCGCGGCGGCCCUGCGAAGCGCGCGCGCGCGGGCGCGCGCCCUCCGCUCCUGGAGGCCACAUCCGCCUGGGCGCGCCCUCGUCUUCCCCCCGCGCGCGCGCGCUCGCGCGCGGGGCGAGAGAAGCGCGCGCCAUGGCCGCGCGCAUCCCCGGCCCCUUCCUGCAGCAGACGCCCAUCGGGUUCCCGUCGUACUGCCGCCGGGCCAACCGUGACUGGGGCCCGAGGAAGCUGUUCCAGAAAAGCGAGGUGAACACCAGGAUCUACAAGGCGAUCUACGAGAACAUCGGGGUGCGAGGAACGGCAUACCCGUGA